GUGGUAAAUUUCCAAACCCAUAACACCUAACUGAAAAAUCUCUACGUAUUUCUUCCGUUUCUAUUAAGAAGAAAACAUUUUUAUUUUAAUUCCGGCGAAGCUGCGAUAGGGGAAAAAUUACUCCUCUAUGUCUCUUGUAUGCUGGAUUCUGAUUUUAAACCUUUGGAUCUUAAAAGCGUCAUCGUUUCAACCGGGAUCGCGGGCCCUACUUCGUGCGGUUGCUGAUAACAACGGUGGCGUUGGUGAUCUGAAGGACUACGCCGCUGAACUGAAUGCCACGAAUUUCGAUGCAGUUCUCAAGGACACUCCUGCCACUUAUGCUAUAGUCGAAUUCUUCGCUCAUUGGUGCCCUGCUUGCAGAAAUUACAAGCCCCAUUACGAAAAAGUUGCAAGGCUUUUCAAUGGACACAAUGCUGUGCAUCCUGGAAUUGUAUUGAUGACUAGAGUAGACUGUGCGUUAAAGGUAAAUACCAAACUUUGUGAUAAGUUUUCUGUGAGUCACUACCCUAUGCUGUUUUGGGGUCCUCCUACAAAGUUUUUAGCUGGCUGGAGCUCUGAUCAAGCAAAAAGUAAAUUACGUGUAAUCGAUGAUGCCCGGACCGCGGAAUGCUUGCUUAAGUGGAUCAAUAAGCAAAUAGGCAGUUCAUAUGGCUUGGAUGAUGAAAAUUUUGAAAACGAGCAUCUUUCAUCAAAUAUAUCGGAUCCUGGACAGAUUGCUCGAGCUGUGUACGAUGUGGAGGAGGCAACUGCAACUGCCUUUGACAUCAUUUUAGAACAUAAAGUUGGAAUUUCACUAUCUUGUAUGAUUAAAUCAGGAACUCGAGCUUCACUAAUAAAAUUCCUUCAGCUUAUAGUGGCUCAUCAUCCUUCGAGGAGGUGUCGGAAGGGAAGCGCAGAAAUACUUGUCAAUUUUGAUGACUUGUGCCCAUUUGAUAUUUGGUCAUCAACCAAGUAUGAUGUUGACACCACGAACAUGAUAGGGGUUCUACGCAACUUCCAUAUUUGUGGAAAGGAUGUUCCCCGUGGAUAUUGGAUGUUUUGUCGAGGCAGCAGGAAUGAUACCCGGGGCUUUAGUUGUGGCUUGUGGGUUUUAAUGCAUUCACUCUCUGUGAGGAUUGUGGAUGGAGAGAGCCAAUCUGCAUUUUCAUCUAUAUGUGAUUUUAUUCACAACUUUUUUAUUUGCGAGGAGUGCCGUCAACAUUUUUACGAGAUGUGUUCAAGUGUUAAAAGUCCUUUCAAAACAGCUCGUGACUUUGCCCUUUGGUUGUGGAGCGCACAUAAUCAAGUCAAUGAGAGGUUAAUGAAGGAAGAGGCAUCUCUAAAAACUGGAGACCCUAAAUUCCCAAAGAUUAUUUGGCCUCCAAAACAGCUUUGUCCUUCGUGUCAACAUUCCCAAGGUCCCAAAGAUAAAGGAAGCAGUCUGAUAGAGUGGAACCAGGAUGAGGUGUUCAAGUUCUUAAUAAGUUAUUAUGGAAAUACGCUGGUAUCUUUCUACAAAGAAAAUGGUCUUCGAGCUGAAGAUGAAACCGGCGUUAUUCUGGAUGAUUCAACUAGCGCAAUUGUGGUUCCGGUUGGGGCUGCAUUGGCUAUUGCUCUUGCCAGCUGUGCAUUCGGAGCUCUCGCUUGCUACUGGCGUUCUCGGCAGAAGAAUCGAAAGUAUUUCCAUCAACUACACUCUUUAAAGAACAUAUGAUAGUUCUGAGGAUGAGUUGUUUCAAAUAGGAUUAUAAGCAUUUGAGUGGAAAGAGGAGAAACUGGGUGAAAGGGGUUGUGGGAGAGAGAAAUUUUCAUAUUUAAGAUGCAACUUUCUCA